CAUAUGUCUUAUUAUUUCAGGAAUGUCACCACGAGUGGCCCGAUUCGGCACCACGACCAGCGCUACAAACGCCGGGUCUAUCGAGCUAAACGCGGGCACAAACGUGACGUUUGUGUGUGAGACCAGGGGAGACCCGCUGCCACAGGCCGCAGAUGUCACCUUCAUGUUUAGCAGUCGCAAACUCGCCCUGUCAACAGAGGUGUCUACAGGAGGAACCACAGUCCAUCGCACUUUGCUACGCAACAUUUCCAUAGCUGAUGCUGGGCAGUCCAGCUGUAGUGUCAUGACAGUAGCGGGGCAGGACAACAGGGAGGUGUCAGUUAUUGUAAAAGUCCCACCAACCACAUCAGUACCCCCACCUGUCCGCCCUACAAGCCCAACAGAACUGACCGUCGACAUACAACUCAGCAAACUGGAUUUGACGGGAGACGGGGAGAUUAUCGCUAAGGACAUUGAGUACAAACUAGCCAACGAGUCGUCGUGGAAAACCCUGACAAAUUCUGAAGAAGGAGAAGUCAGGAUAAGGAAUCUGUCACCAAACACGACCUACAACGUCCGGCUGGUUCUGAGCCGGCCGGGGGAGGGGGGCAGAGGGAGACCUGGGCCUGCUGCUACCGUGUCAACUCUAACAAGUAUGGCAGCAGCCGCCCAAUCUUCAGCCGGAGCCGUAGCUGGAGGAGUCAUUGCUGCCUUGCUGGUGUUGGUGCUACUGGCGGUUGUUGGGCUUUUCAUUUGGAGGAGGAAAGGAUCACCAUCUUCGCGGCUCGGCAAAGGGAAGAAGACACCAACAACCAAAUCAAGACCCCCAGAGCCGGCAGAGGAGCCGCCACCACAAGUUAAUAUCUAUGACGAAAUCCCCGGUCCCCCUGACCCUCCCCCCAGACCUGACCUGGCGCUGGAAGAUGGGGAGUUGCUGGAGGAGAACCCGUACAGGGUGCAGAUAGACGCCCUGCCGGACUAUGUCCACCAGCUCGGGCCUGACGGCAUCAAGAAAGAGUUUUCGACCAUCAGCGAUCACCGUCACCCAUAUGCUGUGUCUAAAAAGCCAGGAAACGUGGCAAAGAACCGGUACAAGAACAUCGUAUCCUACGACCACUCUCGUGUUGUUUUUCAGGACCAACCCACCCGGCCCAACUCAGACUACAUCAACGCCAGCUACAUAGAUGGUUACGACAAAGUGAAGGCGUUUAUCGCGUGCCAGGGCCCGAAGCAGGACACCAGCCGGGACAUGUGGCGGAUGGUCUGGCAGGAGAGGAGCGCCUGCGUCGUCAUGGUAACCAACCUCGUGGAGAAUGGAAGGGCGAAGUGUGAGCGGUACUGGCCAGAAGAGAACAAUGAGUACGAGAACAACGUGCAGACGUACGGGGACAUCACGGUCACGGCGGAGAAGGUCAGCAGCAUGGCGGACUACGCGCUCAGGCUGCUGCAAGUACAGAAGGCUGGCGUGGAUGAGGUACGAGAGGUGCUACACUUUCAGUACACGAGCUGGCCUGACUACGGGGUACCCAAACAUCCUACAUCAACCAUCAACUUCGUCAAGAGGGUCAAGGCGUCCAUUCCUCGCGGGGCUGGGCCAACUAUUGUACACUGCAGCGCGGGUGUGGGGAGGUCCGGUACCUUUAUCACCAUCGCCGCCAUGUUGGAUAUGAUUGAGGAAGAGGGCGCCAUCAACGUGCACGACUUCGUAGAUGCCAUGCGCGAGAACAGGAUGACCAUGGUCCAGACUCCGGAGCAGUACGUGUUUAUCUACACGGCACUACUGGAGGCCACACAGUGCGGCAACACCACCAUUCCUACAGACGAGUUCCGCGAUAGGUUCAGUACUCUCAGCCGCAAGAACCCCAAAUCCGGUUUGAACGCAUUCCAAGAGGAGUUCAAGAGACUGGCUCGGGUCUGCGCACCCCUGACGCCAGACAAGACCAGGUCGGCCCUGGCACCGAUGAACAAGGACAAGAACCGCUUCUCGUCGGUCCUUGCCAGUGACAGUAACCGCCCCAUGCUGACCCCCCGGCCCGGCGAUCCACCAGGUACCGACUACAUCAACGCAGACUUCCUGGAUGGCUACAAGCGGAAAGACGCGUUCCUAGUCACCCAAUCACCGCUGCCCGGCACCGUCACGGACUUCUGGCGUAUGCUGAGUGAUCACAGAUCAGUCUCCGUAAUCAUGCUGAACCAACUUAACCCGAAAGACAAGAGCGUUGUUAAGUACUGGCCAGAUGCGGGCUCAAAAACGUUCGGCGCUCUUGAGGUGGAAAUGGUGUCGGAGAGGCAAGAAAAGAGCGCCAUCGUGCGGCAGUUCAAGUUGUCAACAGACACAAAGUUCGAUCACCAGUCGAACAUUGUUCACCAGUUCGAGUUCACGGCUUGGCCGAGCGGUCGCUCAACUCCGACCUCUGUGGACGAUUUGUUAGAACUGCUUGGAUUGGUUGAGAAGUGGCAGCAGCAAUCCGGGAACGGACCAAUCACAGUGCAUUGCAUCAAUGGAGUAGGCCGAAGCGGUGUGUUCUGCACAGCGCAUGCGCUGUUAGACAGGCUAAAGACAGAGCAGGUUGUUGACGUGUUCCAAGCUGUGAAGACUCUGAGGAACCACCGACCUAACAUGGUGGAGACAGAGGAGCAUUACCAAUUCUGCUACCAGGUGGCGCUUGCGUACUUGGCCUCAUUCGACACUUAUGCAAACUUCAAGUGAGGUUUUUGUCACCAAGAUUUGGGCAGAGCUUCUUCAAAAAACAUUCCAGUUAAGUUUGUUCGGAAAUGUUGCAAAUAGAUAGAUACAGGCUAUUGCAUCCAAUUGCAAUUGUUUGUUAUUUCCAUUUUGAAGUCAGUUUUCUUACUACUUAUUAUAUUAAAUAAGAUAUAAAUCAUGUUUGAUAUAUUGUAUCCGUAACUCUUUCCAUAUAUAGUGGAUACAUUUUGAAGAUAUCGCUUCAUUAGCAUCUCAGUGUUCAUUAGACGUAUGGAAUGUUUUCAGGAACUAGUUGAGACAUGCAUGUUGAUGUUGAAACAUAUACAUGAUCUUCUCAUUGAUGACGUUUGGGUUGAUUAAUGAAAUCUUCGAAGAAGUUAGUAGGUUUAUCUUAUUCCAUUUCAGCAUUAUUUUAGAUGUUGCAAUAGUGUAUAACAUUACAUCAACGUCGUCUACAGGCAUUUUGUAUGUUGUUUUAUUUUUUUUAUUUAUGUGGCAUUUAUGUGUUUUUCGUCUUAUAUUAAAUGCUUACUCUCAUAUUCAUAUAUCAGAUUUAUCUACUACGGAAGAUAAAUCGUUUUAUACGAGAGUGUAUUUUAAGCAAAUAGUGCAACAUAUUGUUUGAAUCAUAAAGUACUAUUUUCGUAAUGUUCAUUCAUGUACUACAUAUGUACUUAUGGAAUUAUUUACAUCAUCGAUGAGGUUAUAGUAUAUUAAGUAUAACAAGCAA